AUGUCAACCCAUAGUCAGACAGCUCUCAUUCACAGAUUCAAUGGGAUUCCCUUUACAACUAGGUCAUCACCAGAUCUUCUAAAAUCCUUGGAUGCCUUUGAUGCUAGAGAAGAUGACAUCCUUUUGGUUUCCUAUCCAAAGUCUGGCACUCACUGGCUUGCACAAAUUAUAAUGCAGAUUUACACUCCCAAAGUCACCCUAACAUCACCUAUUGAGUUUGGAGACAUCUCCAGAGUGGAAGAACUGAACAAUCUUUCAUCCAAGAGAAUCAUCCCAACACACUUGGACUACAACAUGUUACCAUCAAAUUUUAAGGUCAAACAAUGCAAGGCCUUCUACAUCAUCAGAAAUCCAAAAGAUACUGCAGUUUCCAUGUAUCACUACUACAGAGAUAACCCAAAUCUCCCCACCAUAGAUUCAUGGACUGUUUUCCUCGAGCUGUUCUUAAGGGGAGAUGUUGUCUGUGGAUCCUGGUUUGAUCAUUUCUUAAGCUGGGAAGAGCAUAAAAAUGACCAGAACAUCUUAUUUUUAUUCUAUGAAGACAUGAAGAAGGAUCUUCCUAAGGUUGUGAAGAAAAUGAGUGUAUUUCUGGGAGUAAACCUCAGUGACAGUGAAAUCAAAGAGAUUUGUGAGAAGUCGUCAUUCACUGAGAUGAAAAGCAACGUAGAAAAAGAAAACAGUGACCCAAAUCACACCGUUUGUGCACUCACAUCCAAUAGGAAGCUGAUAUUCCGAAAAGGUGCUGUUGGUGACUGGAAAAACCACUUCACUCCAAAAGAAAACAAAAUGUUUGAGGAAAUGUUUAAUAAGAAGAUGGAAUUGAGCGAACUGGCAAAACAUAUCAUAUAUGAAUGCUGACAUCAAAUGAACAAUGCUAGCCCGCUGACAACUGAGCGGAAAAACCUGCAGAUGUGUUAAUAUAGUGUUAAAACAAUGUUUGUACUUUUGAAGUUACUUUACUGAAAAACAGAUCCUGUGUAGUAAUUCCUAAUAAAAUAUUAGGAGAAAAUCUGAUUAUAACAUUAUGGGCGACCAU